AUGUUCAAGGUUUUGGCUAUCUCUGCUCUUCUCUUCGUUUUGGCUACUGAAGCCGCCAACCCAGCCUGCAAGAAAUCCGCUGACCCAGCUAUCGGAGGAGCCUGUCCAGAUGGUUCGACUCUUGUCGCUGGAGGACAAAAUUGCUGUGAGAAGGCUGAUGUUUAUGACGCAGAUAGCUACUUCUGUCGUGACGGAAACUCGCUCGGCCCAGCUUUCGGAGGAAUCUGCCCAGAUGGAUUCCUCUUGGUUGCCGGUGGCGAGUGCUGUGAUGCUGCUGAUUUCCUCCCCAAGCAGAAAUAA